AUGGGUGAAAAUGUACCGAAGUAUGUCCCAUCUUCUAAUGGAAUAAAUGGACCACCUUAUAUGAAUUCGUCCAGUGGGUAUGCAUCAGCAGUGCAGUAUGCUCCAUCGGGAGGAACAGAUGGAUCUAAUGCAGUACCAACACAACAACAAGCACAGAUGCAGUAUGUGCAAGGAGGACCUGUUCAGCAACAUGGGAUGACUGUAGAAGAAGUUGCUAUCGCGAAAUUGGACAAUUCAAUUGCAAGCAUGGAAGAACAGCAAUUGACUUCUGAUCCUCGUUAUGCCCAAAUGUUAUUGCUGAAGCAAAAAAUAACAGGAGCAGCACCUACAGAAACAACGAAGCAUCAACAGCAGGUAGAGGGAACAACUAAAGAAUCGCAAGAAAACACGUUUACUUCUGAGCAGUUGGAACAACUGAAGGCGCAGAUUGGUGCUUAUAAACAAUUAGCAGCUCAGGAACCAGUCGCUCCAUCACUUAUAGCGCUGUCUGUGUCGAAACCAUCAUCACUUCUCCCUGAGCCAUAUGAGUUUCCAGCUGAAACCGAGACUGGAGAAAAAUUACCGUAUGAUUUAAUGAAAAUCCUAACUCUGCAUCAGCAACGUGCUAAUCGAAAUACUUUCAUUCCUCCGCCUCCUGGCAUUGAUCCACAGACGAUUCUUAAAGAACGAGAAUACAGGAUACAAAAUCGGAUAGGUGCACGAAUCCAGUGGCUCAGUAAUCUGCCAGCAAAUUUGAGCAAACGCUUAUUAAUAAAAGCUGAAAUUGAGUUGCGUGCUCUUCGAUUGCUAAAUUUACAAACUCAGGUGCGUACUGAGGUCCUAAAUCAGUUAAAAAAAGACACUACUCUUGAAACUGCGCUGAAUCCAUAUGCAUAUCGUCGCACUAAACGACAAUCAUUACGAGAAGCACGAGUAACUGAAAAAUUGGAAAAACAGCAGAAGGUAGAACAAGAACGUCGUCGACGACAAAAGCACAAUGAUUUGUUACAAGCCAUUUUACAACAUGGCAAGGAAUUUAAAGAAUAUCAUCGGAACAACCAAGUAAAGCAAAGCAAAAUAAAGAAAGCCGUUUUGACUUAUCAUGCCAACAGUGAGAAAGAACGAAAGAAGGAUGAACUCAGAAAUGAACGCAUGCGAAUGCAAAAAUUAAUGCAAGAGGAUGAAGAAGGUUACAGGCAGUUAUUGGAUGAAAAAAAGGAUAAACGAUUAGUUUUUCUUCUUCAGCAAACUGAUGAAUAUGUUGAGAGCUUAACAGGACUUGUCAAGCAGCAUCAGGCAACUGAAAAAAGAAGGAAACGUAAUGAGCGUCGUGAGCAAAAAGCUAAAGAAAAGAUGCAAGAAAAUGGGGAUUCUGAAGUGCGGAUACGCAUAAGAGAUACUACCACUGGAGAAAUAUUGUCUGCAGAUCAGAUGCCAAAAUCAGAAGAUAUCGAUAUUUGGCUUGAAACUCAUCCUGGACAUGAAGUCGUCUUACGUGAAGAUUUCUCCGAUAGUGAAGAUUCAGAAGCAGAUGAACCAAUGCCAGAACCUAUUGAGCAGAAAAAAGAUGAUGAGUUUGAAGGUCUUGAUGAGGAGACACGAAAUCGUAAGAUCAUUGAAAAAGCUCGGAAUGAAGAGGAUGAAUAUGACCAAAAGAACAGGCGACAAAUGGAAUCAUAUUAUGCUACAGCACACAAAGUCAAGGAAAAAAUUGUAACACAACACUCAUCUUUAGGUGGAUUGGAAUGGAUGGUAUCUUUGUAUAACAACAAUCUUAAUGGGAUUCUAGCAGAUGAAAUGGGAUUAGGGAAAACGAUUCAGACAAUCGCACUUGUUACCUAUUUGAUGGAAGUCAAAAAAUUGAACGGACCGUAUUUAAUCAUAGUUCCUUUGUCGACAAUUGCAAAUUGGAGUUUAGAAAUUGAAAAAUGGGCACCGCACGUUGUGAGUAUUGUAUAUAAGGGUAACAAGGAUGCUCGUAAAAAAUUAGAGACUUCUAUUCGUCGCAAUGCUUUCAAUGUGCUUUUGACCACUUAUGACUAUGUGUUAAAAGAGAAAGGCCUUUUAGGAAAGAUACGAUGGAAGUAUAUGAUCAUUGACGAAGGCCAUCGAAUGAAAAACCACAAUUGUAAGCUAACUCUAGUCUUAAAUGGUUAUUUUACUGCUCAACAUCGCCUACUGCUUACUGGAACUCCGUUGCAGAAUAAGUUGCCUGAACUUUGGGCAUUGCUAAAUUUCCUUCUUCCAUCUAUUUUCAGCUCUUGUGGCACUUUUGAACAAUGGUUCAAUGCUCCGUUUGCGACAACAGGUGAAAAAGUUGAAUUAAAUCAAGAAGAAACUAUGUUAAUUAUUAGACGAUUGCACAAGGUUCUGCGUCCAUUUUUACUUCGACGAUUGAAAAAGGAGGUAGAAAGUCAACUGCCAGAAAAAACGGAGUAUGUGAUUAAAUGCGAUAUGAGUGCACUACAACGAAUUCUAUAUCAGCAUAUGCAGAAAGGCUUGCUCAUCGACAGUAAACAUGCUGGUGGACGAGCGCUGAUGAAUACUGUAGUUCAUCUUCGGAAACUUUGUAACCAUCCAUUUUUGUUUGAAAAUGUUGAAGAUGAAUGCCGUGAAUUCUGGAAGGUACCUGACGUUUCAGGAAAAGAUUUAUAUCGUGUAAGUGGCAAAUUUGAACUCUUGGACCGCGUUCUUCCGAAAUUAAAAGCUUCCGGUCAUCGUAUUCUCAUGUUUUGCCAGAUGACAUCUUUGAUGACAAUCAUGGAGGACUAUCUUAAUUAUCGAGAAUUCAAAUAUCUUCGUCUUGAUGGAAGCACAAAACCUGAUGAAAGAGGGCAACUUUUGGAAUUGUACAAUGCACCAAACAGCGAGUAUUUUAUCUUUAUGUUAUCAACUCGUGCUGGUGGUCUGGGUCUGAAUUUGCAGACUGCAGAUACUGUAAUUAUAUUUGAUUCAGACUGGAAUCCCCACCAGGAUAUGCAAGCACAAGAUCGUGCCCAUCGUAUUGGACAAUCACGUGAGGUGCGUGUUUUGAGAUUAGUUACUGUCAAUAGCAUUGAAGAGAAAAUUUUGGCAGCUGCGCGUUAUAAGCUGAAUGUAGAUGAAAAGGUAAUCCAAGCUGGUAAAUUUGAUCAGCGUUCUACUGGAGCUGAACGUCGUCAAAUGCUGGAACAGAUUAUAAGAGCUGAAAGUGAAGACGAUGAUGAGGAUGAAGUGCCUGAUGAUGAGACAAUCAACCAAAUGGUUGCUCGUUCAGAAGAAGAGUUUGAUUUGUUUCAGAGAAUGGAUAUUGAACGGCGUCGACAAGAGGCAGCAGAGUAUCGUCGUAAGCCUCGACUUAUCGAAGAUAGUGAGAUCCCCGAAGGUAUCGUCAGAGCAUCACAACAUUUCAUUGAUGAAGAAAAAGAGCCUCAGAAAUCCAAACUUGCAUUUGAACCAAUCGGACGUAGGCAGCGGAAAGAAGUCGAUUACUCACAGGAUCUGAUGUCGGAUCGUGAUUGGCUUAAGAGUAUCGAUGAAGAUAUUGAUGAAGAGGAUGAAGAGGACGAUGACGAGGAAAGAACGAAGAAAAAGAGUAGGAAAGAGCGGGGUAGGAAAAGGCGUCAUAUUGAUGAAGAUGAUGAUGAGCAACCAAGGCGAAAGAAGGCAUCUCCUGAAAUGUUCUCUCUUCUUACGAAGCUCUAUGAAGCAUUGAUAAAAUAUAGAACUAGCAGCGGGAAGGAAUUAGCUGCAGCAUUUGAACAGUUGCCUUCUAGACGAGAACUACCAGAUUAUUAUGAAAUAAUUGAAAAACCAAUGGAUCUCAAUAAAGUAAAACGCAAAAUUAAAGAUGGUAAAUAUCACAGUGUUCAGGAUAUGGGGAAUGAUGUCAGGCUUUUGUGUGGCAAUGCAAGGAAAUAUAAUAUCGAUGGUUCUGAAAUCUUCAACGAUUCGGUUUUAUUAGAAGUUUUGUGGAACAAAAUUUCUGGUGAUGGUGGUCAUGCCAGUACUUCAAGAUCAUUUCCUCCAACUGAAUCAAAGAUUGACAAGGCCUCUGCAGAAUCAAAGGAGUUGGGCAAAGAGUGUUCUGCGGAUUCAGGGAAGGAAUCUAAAGAAUCUACUGUUACAAGUUUACGAGGCAGUUCUAGUCCUGUAGAAGAUAGAGACAGUAGUCGUCGGAAAAAAUUCCAUUCGGCUAAACGAUCGAUUUCUCCUGAAGACUGA